AUGAAUGAUACAUCCAGAAGAGCAAUUUUUAACUAUAUUUUUGGUGAAAAUUUAGGCAUUGGUCCUCCCAGUCAAUGUACUCAAAAUGUUGCAACAGCAUGGAAAUUAGCAAAUCAUUUCUUUUCUCCUGAAUGCACUUACAAAGAAAUUUCACCCAAUAUUAAAACAGCAAUUAAUAUUCUUUGUCAUCAUGGAUUAAAAGAGCGAUUACAAGAAAAUUAUGAACAUGCGAUAAGAAUUCAUUUUACUGAAAAGUUUUUGCCUAUUUUACAGACAUAUAAUAUCACACAUUCCAAUUUAACGGAGUUUAUUGAAAAACUUACAGAAGCAUAUCAUAUUUAUGAACAACCAUUAAUAUUAAGUCAUUUUAAUACAUCUAAAUCAUUCAGACAAACGUUUCACGCAUUAGUUAACAAUUAUAUUUCAGAAGACAAAGUCUAUCCGAUUUUUUUAGGAUGGUUAUUAGAAAAUAUGGCAUUUUGGGAGGAAAAUGAAUCAAGUCCUCAAGUUACUUGUUUUCUUUCAACAUGUAAAAAUAUGGAAUUAGUUGGAUUACAAAAACACUUAGAAAGAGCGUUUGCAGAAAGUAUAUCUCAAAGACUAAAUAAAUACAUAAGAGAAAAAUACUCUAAAAAAUGGGAUAGAAGCAUUCAAGAAGAAAUUGUCGAAUGGACUAUCAAUAAAUUAGGAAAACUUAUAUCCCUUGUUUUAAAAAUUGACAUAAAAAAAGAAGACUUAAAUUUACAACUUGAAACUCUUGCUUGUCACUUUUUAGCUAUGCUAAGAAUUGAUGAACUAUUUGAUAUUAUAGUAGACUAUCCAUAUUCGUCCGUUGCACUAGGGGAUCUAAGACAAUCUAUGAAAUUUUCUCCUCUUAGAGAUUAUUUAGUUAAUUCAUUUCAACAAUCAUGUAAAACAAGACUUUUGCAUCCGGGAGCAGAUACACAAGAUAUAAUUUCUCAGUAUAUAUCAACUAUUAAAUGUUUUCUUAUUCUAGAUCCUCCUGGAGUACUUUUAGAUAAAGUAGCAAAACCUAUCAGGAAACAUUUAAAGAAUCGAAACGACACUAUUAAAUGUAUUAUGAUAGGACUUGUCGGGGAUGAAACAAGUGAAUUAAGCGAAGAACUUGGUCAAGCAGAUCCAUCAUCUCUUCAAGCAGACGAUGAUGACGAUGACUUUGAUAAUCUUAAUUGGACACCUGAUCCUAUUGAUGCUGCACCAGACUUCCGGAAAAUGAACAAUAAUGAUAUCAUUAAAAGUCUUGUUAGUAUUUAUGAAAAUAAAGAUAUUUUUAUAAGAGAACUUCAAAAUCUUCUAGCAGAUAGACUUCUUACUGCAAUGAAUUAUGAAACCGAUAAAGAGUUACGAAAUUUAGAACUUUUAAAGUUACGCUUUAGUGAAAAUAGUUUACAAAUGUGUGAUGUAAUGCUUCACGAUAUUGCUGAAUCUAAAAGAAUUGAUACAAAUUUACAUAAAGAACUUAAUAAUACGGUUUUAUCAUUAACAACACCAAUACAUGCGAGUAUACUUUCUCGACUUUUCUGGCCAAAUUUUAAAGGUGAAGCACUAUGUCUUUCGAAAGAAAUUCAAAGUUAUAUGGAUAGUUAUGCUGAAGAUUUCGAAAAACUAAAAGCUUCAAGAAAAUUACACUGGAUACCCAAUUUAGGCCACGUACAAAUUGAAAUAAUACUAGAAGACAGGACUUUAAACAUGAAUGUUAGACCCGCACAAGCUUCUAUUAUUAUGCUUUUUCAAGAAAAGAAUGAGCAAACUAUAAAAAAUUUAAUGACAGCUAUAGGACAAGAUUAUACAGAUUGUAGAAGAAAUACACUUUUUUGGGUAAAACAUGGUGUACUUAAAGAAGUUACAAAAGACACCUUUAAAGUUCUAGAAUAUACUGAACUAGAACCGUCUAAUAAAACUCUUUCAGCAUUAGAAGAGUUAAUUUCAAAUGUUCAAGCCAUGGAAGAGCAUGCUUCUGAAGAAAUGAUAAUAUAUUGGUCUUUUAUAAAUGGUAUGCUUACUAAUCUGGGACCAUUGACUCUAGAAAGGAUCCAUUCAACAUUGCAAAUGUUCGUGCCCCCUCCAAAUAUUUAUAAUCGUUCUAUAGACGAAUUACGUGAAUUUUUAGCUUUAAUGGUAAAAGAGGAACACCUAGAGUUUAUCUCUGGUCAAUAUAGACUAAAAAAACAAUAA